AUGGCCGCCGCAGGGAUUGAACGUCGUGUGGAUAUCACAAUUGCUUCGUGCUCAGGGGUCUUUAUGUGUGGAUGGCUUUACUCGUCUCAACGGUUUACUGCAUCGAACCCGGGACCAGCCAUCGUCUUGGCCCACGGCCUGGGUGGAACGAAAGAGCUAAAGCUUGAUGUGUAUGCCGACAGUUUCAAUCGGAUGGGAUACACAUGUGUUGUCUUCGAUUACCGUUGCAGUGGUGGAUCUGAUGGUCUGCCACGAGGUCUAAUUGACUGGCAUCAGCAGCAAGAGGACUGGAAAUCUGCUAUCGAGUAUACCCGUCAGUUGGAGAACGUUGAUUUGGAAAAUGUCGGCCUUUUUGGAACAUCUUUCAGUGGGGGCCAUGUCAUACAACUGGCCGCUAUUGAUAAGAAACUGAAAGCAGCCAUCUCUCAAUGUCCCUUCACUUCUGGCUGGCAGAGUGCUCUUUGUACAGGAAUUGCAGCCGCCACGAGGAUUGCAGGGCUUGGUCUGCUAGAUAUUCUCUUUGGCUCAGACGAAAGGCCAAUAACCAUACCGCUGACCGGAAAGCCAGGUGAGACGGCUUUGAUGAAUGCUCCAGACGUACUCAGCACGUUUCCACCACUUAUCCCUGAAGGUCAUCCGUUUCAAGAAAGAGUCCCUGCUCGCCUAGCUUUAAAGCUUCCUUUCCUGAGACCAGGAUCUUUUGCAUCAGAGACUGAAUGUCCAAUCCUUUUUGCUAUAUGUGGCAAAGACUCAGUGGCACCCGCAGGCGCAACCUUGGCAUACGCGAAAACAGCCUCCAAGGGAGUGAUCAAGUGGUAUGAAGACGUAGGCCAUUUUGAAAUUUACUAUGGUCAGGCAUUCCAACAAGCUAUACAAGACUAUAAGCAGUUCCUCCAAGAAUAUUUGCCAAUCAAGCGCCAGGGAGAGGAAUAAUUGAACAGAGCAU